AUGGCGGCCAUGGCAUGGAAGCUCUUCCAGCUGCUGUCCUGGCUUCCCUUCGUUGACUCGUGCGUCGCGCCCACCUCCUUCCAGACGAUUUUCUGUCCGCAGGGCAGCAACACUGCUGGAUGGACCGUUUCCUGCGGUCACAUAGAUUUGUGUGUCUCAUACACCUUUUGGGCCGCCGACAUCGCGGCGGGAGUAACAUUCGAGUACUAUUCGGACGACAGCUGCUCGACAUUGGAGUACAGCGGGGCAAUCGCGCCACCAGGCAACGGUCAGUCAAGUUAUGGUUCGGAUGUCAUGCGCAGCUUCCGGAUCUCUCUAACGGACCCUGUCGAAAAUGGGUGUGAGGAUUCGGGUGGAUAUGGGCUCGUCUACUACAACUGCGUUUACUUCAGCUGCGAAUCAGGGUAUCAGCUAAAGGCCAAUCCACAAAGUCUCUAUUCUACAAGUGAGUUCCCGUCCACAAGCAUGUGCUGUGACGCACUCUGCUCUUCAUAUGGUUGUCCAUCGGGAUACGUCCAGAAGGCAAGUGCUUCCAGCAGUGUGGGAUCCACUACAUCAGCCUGUUGUGACGUGGCCUGCAGUACCCUCACCUGCAGCUCUGGCUACAUUCUUGUCUCCAAUGCGGCGUCCAUUGCCCUGACCAGUGCCGAGUGCCAAUGCGUGGAAACGACGACCACUACAACGGCCAGCUCCACUUCAAGUUCCAGAACUUCACUGACCACCUCAAGCACAACAAGCAGCGUGUCAAGCACUAGCACGUCGAGUCGAAGCGCCACUUCAACCAGCACAUCCAGCAGCUCAUUCACACGUACAAGCACGUCAUCUUCAGCCACAAGCAGUACAACCACCUCCGCGAGCAGUUCUAGCACAUCGAGUAGCACGUCCAGCAGUUCUAGCACGUCCAGUAGCACUUCCACAAGCACUUCUAGCACUUCCAGUACCAAAACAAGCUCUACGACGUCAUCUUCAACCACAAGCAGCACAACGUCAUCCACGAGCAGUUCCAGCUCGUCCAGUAGCACGUCCAGCAGCUCCAGUCGUACAUCUUCUAGUAGCAGCUCCAGCAGUUCCAGCACGUCCAAAAGCACUUCCAGCAGCUCCAGCAGUACAUCUUCGACCACGAGCAGCACAAGGUCGUCCACGAGCAGCUCUACCGCCUCUCGUAGCACGACCUCUUCGUCGUCUUCGAGCUGGACAUCCUCAACCACAACGCUGUCCAGCACCACCCCUACCUUUGCAGGCAAUGAGAGCUUGGAUGGAGUCUUUGGCUUGGAAAGGUAUCAGGAUGAACUCACAGAGUUCGUGAUGCAGAACCUGCAAGAAGGGGACAUGAUUCGAAGGGAGGUAGGCGGCACCAGGACGCUGGCCCAGCGGCUUUCUGAGCCUGGGAGUGACAACGUGGUGAACGUGACGGUUGCCUUCGAGAGUGCGGUGGUGACGAUCACACCGGACUUGCAGUCUCUGGCUAUCAAUGGGACAACUGUGCUCAGCAUUGCGGUCCUUGCAGAGGCGUCUGGAGCGUUUGCGGAAGUGAAUGGUUUGGCGACCUUCGCCGCGCAGGUCAUCAGCAUCGGGCUCGUUCGACAUGACGGGGAGGUCACUGAGCUGCCAAGGCCACUGCUCUUCUCUUUGGAGACCAACUACACCAACAAUGAGCUCAAGGAGAAUGAGGUUCUUCGCUGCGUCUUCUGGGAUGUGGCAUCCGAAGACUGGUCCAGCAAAGGCGUGAGGACCCUGGGCGUGGUGAAUGGCACCGUCUCAUGCUCUACCACCCACCUCUCCAUCUUCACAGUCAUCGUGUCCGCCGUCGUCAACAAACUUCUCUGCGGCAAUGCCCCGGCGCUCUUCUCAGAAGUCGGCUUCGGCGCCAUGCUCAGCUUCGGAUGGAUGGGGCAGCUCAGCGCGGCGGUCCACUGGAUCUCACUGCUCGCAGCCGCUGGGCUGCUCCUCGCAGCCCGUGCGGCCGACGCCAGGAACAGGAAGAAGAAGCUGGAGCUGCAGGCAUAUUUCAGGUGCCUUCCAAAGGCCAAGUCGAAGUGCGGCUCGGUCGGUCGGUUCCUGCUGCAUUGCGGGGCACCGUGCCUCGUCGCCGUUGAGGCGCUGGAGGAUUUGCUGGGUGGCUUCUUUGCCUGCUGCUCCUGCAAAGGCUGGACGGCCUGCAUAAACCUCACGAACGCGUACGCUGACCACGCUCACUCCGACGUGGUCGUGUCGGAGCUCGGCGUGAACUUCGCCCAGCUCGACGCGCUCUACAAUGUGGCUGGGCGGACAGAGCUGCAUGCCCAGGCAGAGAUUGCCUUGGAGAGUUUCGAGCAGAUGUACUCCUUCCAUCAGGCAGGCCUCAUCUUCUUCUCCGUGUGCGGGUGGGUGAACUUUCUCGCGCCCUCCAAGGGUGCGAGCAGCUUCCGAAGAAUCAGCACGGUGAUGCUGAAAGUGUAUGUGUCAUGGGCGUUCUCCGCGAUCUUCUUCAGCACGACAUCGACGGCACCAGGUUUUGGUGCAGACUGUGAGGGCGGUCUUGGGGGCUUCCUGGGGACAAUCCUCCGAAGUUCCGUCACUGCCACCUACGCAUUCUUCUUCGCGAAGAUUCCCGCCCACGUGUUAGGGGUGGCCAGCGCCAUGUCCCCGAUGUGGUUCUGGAGCGUGGCGCUUGCCUACUUCCUCACUUGCCUCACGAUCAUCUGCCUCUUCCUGGCGAAUGUCAGUGAGACGGACGGGCUGAAGUGGCUGGCCACCGCUGCGACGAACAUAGCGAUCGCAACGGUGGUGGUUCCCUUCACCAAGGCUGGGCUGCGAUUCAUGAUCUCCUGCUGCACAAAAGGAAAGAAGGGGCACUGGCCUCAAGAGGAGGCCGAGGCCUUCGAGGUGCGCCUGGCCGAAGUCGCCCUGGUCGGCGACGCCGAUGUCUUCAAGGCCGAGGGCAGCUCUGCACUCCGCGGGCUCCCAGGGCUCCGCGCCCUCCGCUGGGAGGUCGUCGGGCACCCUCAGACUUCAGUGGAGUGCUCGCUGAACCCGCAGCAAGAGCACCCAGAGGGCUCCCUGGACCUCUCCAAGAUGUGCUUGAAGGUGACAAGGUCUCAAGCGGUCAUGCUCUGGGUCUCUGAUCCCAGCCUUGGGAUCCUGUCGACUGAGAAGCUGCUGGUGGCAGACGUCGCGGGCGGCUUCAUUGGCAGCCUCCCCUUGCGGCACGACUCUCAGCUACUGCGCGCCCGCUUGGAGGUGCGCAUUACCUCCACCUUGCAGAAGGAGGCCGACAGCCCCAAGGAAGUGUCCGGCCCCUUUCAGGCGCUUGUGGUAGCUGUGAGUUCCGACAUCUUCUGUCUCGACGACCUCCUGAACCAGGAGGCCGCCCAAAACUCUUCGGCUCCUACCCCGAAGCGAGGGAGAGGACUUGAGUUGCCAGCCAUCAGCGUCGCUGAUGAGCAGGUGCAGAAGCCGAGCGACGAUGAUGAAAUCAUGUCGAUCUAG